AAAAAAAAAAAAAAACGACCUUAUUGAGAAAAAGUAAUAACUGCCUCACGUGAUAGGCACCUAUAAAUACCGUCCACGCUAUAUUUUGGCGCUCAAUUUAUUUUCAAUCGCCUUACGGUCUGAAAUUCAAAGCUAGUUCGCAGAGCUCCAGAGGAUCAGAGCCAGAGAGUUUCUGGCAAAAUUGUAGGAAUUUGUCUGCGCGAUCGAUUUUCGAACUCGGAAAAUGCAAAAGCUAGGGUUUGCAAACAUGAAGAGCUUGGACCAGCUCAAAUCGCUCUCGACAUCGGUAUCCGGGAAAGCGAAGACCUUCGCAUUCUCUUCCCGUCCUCCGGAUACGAUAUCUUCAGGCAGUUUCACGAAUUUGAAGCUCACUGCAGAGAAAUUGGUAAAAGAGCAAGCUUCCGUGAAGACUGAUCUGGAAAUGGCGAACAAUAAGCUGAAAAAAUCACUGGAGCACAUUCGUGCAUUAGAGGAGAAAUUGCAAAAUGCCUUUAACGAAAACGCUAAGCUUAAGGUGAAGCAGAAGGAAGACGACAAGUUGUGGAAUGGAUUAGAGUCUAAAUUUUCUUCAACUAAGACCCUGUGUGAUCAACUUACUGAAACCUUACAGCACCUGUCCAGUCAGGUUCAUGAUGCUGAAAAAGAUAAGGAGUUCUUUGAAGGACAACUAUCUGCAAGUGCUGUAGCUGUUGAGGGUUUGAAUCAACAGAUGAAUGGUCUCUCUCUUAAAUUGGAAAAUGCAGAGGAAACUAUUAGAAACCGUGAAAAGGAGCUGGAGGUACUGAAGAUUGAAAAAGAAGAGAGAGAAACUUUUUUUAGAGAUGAACACAGUAGAGCUGCCAAUCUCAUAAAGGAAAAAGACAACAUGAUAAAGAACUUUGAGGCAACUUUAGCAACUAAUAGAGUGGCUACCGAGAGCUUGAACUCUAAAUUGGUUGAGGUGAAUCUUGAGUUGAAGUUAAAAGAAGAUGAAAUUAAACAUUUGAUAACCAUUCAGGAGAACUUGGAGAAAGAAAAGAGUGAUAUCAAAUUCUGCAGUGAUGACCUUGCCAAAAGAUUGGACACAUCUCUCCUUGAGAUAAAAAAUUUCGAAGCUGUUGUUCAUAUGUUGGGCAUACAAUUGGUUGAGUUGGAUAGACAAAGUUUGAAUUUUUUGGAUAAGUUUGAUCGCCUAAACUUGCUUUAUGACUCUUGCUUCAAGUUGGUCCAGCAGGAGAGAGACCUUGCUGCCAAGCAUGCUCAGAAGCAGCAUGAUCAGCUUCAUGAUAAGUUCUUAUGCAUAAAAUCAGAGAACAAUGCACUAGAAUUGGUAAAUCAGGAACUGAACAACAAGGUCACUGAACUUCAGAAAGUACAGGAGUCUGUCAUGAUACAGCUUUCAGAGGAAUGCCAAAUGGCAAGGGAGAGGAUCCAGAAGCUGGAGUCUGAAGCAAAAACUCUAGUUUCAAAAAAGAUCGAAACAGAGAUGUUGGUAUCGAAAUUAGAAGUUCAAAUUGAUACUCUGUCAGAAAGUUCAAGAUCCUCUGAGAAUCAAAUGCAAGAUCUGUUGCUGAAAAUUUCAGAAUUAGAAACUGAGAAUAAAGAUAAUAUAGAAAAAUUACAAGCUCAGCUGCAGAAAAAAGUGGAAGAAAUUGAUACUUUGCAAAAGAAGAGUGAGAAAUAUGAGCAGCGUGUAAACUUACUUGAGAAACAAGUUGAUGAGCUUCAUGACAUUCUAGAGGAAAAGGAACAGCUAAUUUUGCAAUAUAACGAAAAAGAGAAGGAGCUGGAAGAGAAAAUCACAAAGAAUCAGGCAUUAUCGACAGUUGCUGAAGGUAAACUUGCUGAAGCUAAAAAGCAAUAUGAUCUCAUGCUAGAGAGUAAGCAGCUCGAAUUAUCAAGACAUUUGAAAGAAUUAUCUCAGAAGAAUGAUCAGGCAAUUAAUGACAUCCGGAAGAAGUACGAGGUGGAGAAGCUGGAGACUAUUACUCUGGAAAAGGAGAAGGCAGAAAAAGUCAUUGGAGAGGUCGAGGCAAAAUGUGACCAAAAACUUACAGAAUGCAAAGAAGAAUCAAGACAGUACUUGAUACGAGUUCAGGAAGAACAUGCGGCUCUGGUUAGUCGUCUUCAACAGGAAUAUGACAGGAAAGAACGAAAUCUCAAAGCUGACCACAGUGAAGAGCUAAAACGUGCACAUCUUCAGGCUGAUAAUGAACUGAAAGAAAAAAUGACAUCUAUGAGGAACGAACAUGAAGUCCAGAUGAGAGCUCAGAGAUGUCAGCAUGAAGAUGAGUUAAGAAAACUUCAAGAUGAAUUGGAUCUUCAGAAGUCCAGAGAGGAGAGACAGAGGGCUUUAUUGCAAUUGCAGUGGAAAGUGAUGGGUGAUAAACCCCAAGAGGACCAAGAAGUGAAUUCUAAAAAGGAUUACUCGAUUUCAUCCAUCCAUAUGAGAAAUUCUGCUGGUGCAAAAACAAGUCAGCGAGCUCUUAUUAGACCAGAAAACAAAGAGAAGGAUUCACCUUUCAACACAGCAACACAAACACCAGUAUCUCAGUUGUUAAAGAAAGUAGAUAACAGAAAUACAGGGAGCGCGUUGAAUAUUCCUAAGCAUCAUAAGAAGGUAACCCAUCGUGAAUAUGAAGUCGAAACUUCUAAUGGAAGAACAGUGACAACACGAAGGAGAACAAGGAGUACAGUCAUGUUUGAGGAUCCAAGACAACAUAAAAAGAGGAACACACCAAAGGCCGGUACACCCAGGAGCGUUGUCAAGGGAGUCAAGGAAGGGGUUCCUCCACAUCAUCCUUCAAACAUAGGUGAUUUGUUUUCCGAAGGAUCUCUGAAUCCGUAUGCUGAUGAUCCUUACGCUUUUGAUUAGAGGACAACAAAAGGUUCUGCUCAAGUCUCGAACGCUAUUGCUUCACUUUGUGAGGGAUUUUUGGAGUACUGGUUCUUUGAAUAUGCACAUUGUAUUGCUAAAUUUCAAGAAUUGCAAAAUUGGAUUGGAUUACCAUGUCACUUCUAUCCCCUUUGUGUGUAUGGUAGGGCUUUAGAAAAUAUAAAAGCGAUUACAAUAUUCCGUUAAUAAUUGAACUGUAACACAAGCAUUUUGGAGAAUGGAUAUCACAUUACAUAUUUCUUCGGAAAAUUUUAAAUAUGGGAUUUGAGUUUGUUAAGAACUCUUAUUUU